AUAUGGGCGGGGCUAAGCAAGUGACAGGCAGCAUACAGAAAACUUUGUUAGCUACCUGCUAACUAUGCUCCAUCGUAUGUUUGGCAAUGUUACUAGCUUGACGCAGGAAAUCAACAGUCUUCAAAAAGAUGGACUGCCAUGGAGAGGAUGAUGGAGAAUUGUGCAGAUGGAUGAGUUCAGUGCUGGUUAACAGCAAAAAUGACAUCAGAGCACGAGUGCAACAGUUUGUGGAGGAGAGGAUGCAGACCACCAUGCUCACAGGUGUGCUGAUUGGCGCUGCAGUCGCAAUCUCACUAAUUGGGAUUGUAGUACUCUUCCUUUACAGGAGAUUCAAGCUUGCUCGUGAACAGCAGCCUGGUGUACCUCAGUAUCGCUUCAGAAAACGAGAUAAAGUGCUCUUCUAUGGAAGGAAGAUGAUGCGAAAGGUACAGACGCUGUCCUCCAUUCCUCCUUCCACCUCUACCUCAGUAUCAAAGCAACCGCAGCGCAUACGCAAAAGAACCAAAGUUCUAAGCAUAGCUCGCAAAAUCCUGAGGAUCCGCAAAGAUCCUCCCACCCUGCAGCCUAAGGAACCUCCUCCUUCCCUGCUGGAGGCUGACCUGACAGAGUUUGAUGUGCAGAGCUCAAACCUGCCCUCCGAGGUCCUCUAUAUGCUGAAGAAUGUCAGGGUCUUGGGUCAUUUUGAGAAGCCCCUGUUCCUAGAGCUGUGUCGUCACAUGGUGUUUAUCGAGCUGCAGGAGGGUGAAUGUCUGUUCAGGCCCGGAGACGAUGACGAUAGCAUCUAUGUGGUCCAGGACGGUCGACUGGAGCUCUGCAUCCAUGAGAACGAUGGUACAGAACCAGUGGUGAAGGAUGUGGCCCCAGGAGACAGUGUCCACAGCCUGCUCAGUAUUUUGGACACAAUCACUGGUUAUCCAGCUCCAUAUAAGACUGUAUGUGCACGGGCUGCAACUCGCUCCACCAUCUUACGUUUACCUGCAUCAGCCUUUGAGUCAGUGUUUAAGAAAUACCCAGAGACACUUGUUCGCGUCAUUCAGAUAAUCAUGGUGCGCCUCCAGCGAGUCACCUUCUUGGCAUUACAUAACUAUCUGGGCCUAACAACUGAGCUCUUCAAUCCGGAGAGUCAGGUGGUACCCUUGUCCAAUAUAAACAGUGUGAUGGGAGAGGCAACUUCUGGGAAGAUCACUCGUCGUCUGUGCUUCCAGGACGAGUUACACGCUGGGACCAUCGAGAGCCCCACAGAGACAGAUGGCGUAAAGGACAGUUCUCCAAACAGCUACAGGAAGCCGCGAUCCAUCUCGAUGCCCACUGCCGACUGCACAGGUAAUGACCUGAACAUGGCUUGUGAACGAGCUCGAGUCACUAUAGAUGAGGCUCCAUCCAGUCCUGUCACUCUCAAAUCCAAUCUAAAGAAGAGUGUGACAAUGCAGCACACACCCACUGAAGUGUUUCACUACACAGACAGUGGGGGGCACUCUGAUGCCAUCCACCUUAGUAAGAGCUGCACAAUCCUCCAGGCUGCUAAGAAGGACCUGCUGGGAAUCAUCCAGCUACAGGACCCCAGUCUACUUGAGGGCAGAGUGACACUCCAUCAAGUCAAAGCUGGUUCUGUGGUGGCUCGUCAGGGAGACCAGGAGGUGAGCAUCCAGUUUGUGAUCUCUGGCCUCCUUCAUGUUUACCAGCGGAUGAUUGACCGUGAAGAAGAGACACGUCUGUUUGUGACGCACCCCGGAGAGCUUGUUGGUCAACUCGCUGUCCUGACCGGAGAACCCCUCAUAUUUACUGUUCGAGCCCAGCGAGACUGCAGCUUCCUCUCCAUUUCCAAAACCCACUUCUAUGAGAUAAUGCGUGUGGAGCCAAAGGUAGUGUUGAACGUCGCUCACACAGUGGUGAGGAGGAUGUCAUCUUUUGUCAGACAGAUAGACUUUGCUCUCGACUGGAUGGCUGUGGAAGCUGGCAGGGCGGUGUACAGGCAGGGAGAGAAAUCCGACAGUACUUUCAUAGUGCUGAGUGGUCGACUGCGCUCUGUAAUCUUGAAGGAAGAUGGCAAGAAGGAGCUGAUAGGAGAGUACGGACGCGGUGACCUGAUUGGAGUGGUGGAGAGCUUGACCCAUCAGAACAGAGCCACCACAGUGCACGCUGUACGAGACUCUGAACUGGCCAAGUUACCAGUAGGAGCUCUCAGCUCCAUCAAGAGGAAGUUCCCACAGGUUGUAACCAGGUUGAUCCAUUUACUUGGACAGAAGAUCCUCCAGCAGGUUAAUGGUCCUCUGACAGCUCGCAGUUUGGCCGUUCGCACUCCUGGCAGUAAGUGGGAUGUAGGGAACCCAGCCUCCAACCUCUCCACUGUGACAGUCCUGCCUGUAUCAGAAGAUGUACCUCUCACCGCCUUCACCCUGGAGCUGCAGCAUGCACUCAUGGCAAUAGGUCCCACUCUUCUGCUGACCAGUGAUACUAUCAAACAGCGACUUGGAUCUGCAGCACUAGACAGUGUCCAUGAGUACCGACUGUCUAGCUGGCUGGGCCAACAAGAAGACCUACAUCGCAUAGUUCUUUACCAGACGGACUACACACUGACCCCGUGGACACAGCGGUGCAUCCGUCAGGCCGACUGCAUCAUCAUUGUGGGACUAGGAGAGCAGGACCCUGCUGUUGGGGAGCUAGAGCGUAUGUUGGAAGGAAGUGCAGUGCGUGCCCAGAAGCAGCUAGUGCUGUUGCACAAAGAAGAUGGCCCCCCACCCAAAGGAACUGUGGACUGGCUAAACAUGCGAAGCUGGAUCUCCAGGCACCUCCACCUCUCUUGUCCCCGAAGGGUCUUCUCUAGGAGGAGCCUGCCCAAACUGUUGGAGCUAUAUCAACGUGUGUUUGAGAAGCCAGCAGACCGUCACUCAGACUUCUCCCGCCUGGCCCGCGUUCUCACGGGCAAUGCUAUUGCUCUCAUCCUGGGAGGAGGAGGGGCCAGGGGUUGUUCACAGGUGGGGGUAAUGCGAGCUCUCUGCGAGGCCGGUAUCCCAGUGGACCUCAUUGGUGGCACCUCCAUUGGUUCCCUGAUGGGGGCACUUUAUGCCGAGGACCGUAGCCACAGCCGCAUGAGGAUGAGGGCCAAAGAAUGGGCAAUGGAAAUGACAUCAGUGUUUAAGAAGGUUUUGGAUUUGACGUACCCAAUCACCUCCAUGUUUUCCGGUGCUUCCUUCAACUCCAGCCUCAGCAAUGUCUUCAAUAGCAAACAGAUUGAGGACCUGCGGAUCCCGUAUUUCAAUAUUACAACUGACAUCACUGCCUCUGCCAUGAGAGUACACACUGAUGGUUCUCUGUGGCGGUAUGUUCGAGCCAGCAUGUCUUUGUCUGGGUAUCUGCCUCCUCUCUGCGACCCCAAAGAUGGACACCUGCUGAUGGAUGGAGGCUACAUCAACAACUUGCCAGCGGAUGUGGCGCGCUCCAUGGGGGCUAAAGUGGUGAUAGCUAUUGACGUGGGUAGCCGAGAUGAAACCAACCUCACUAAUUAUGGCGACUCACUCUCAGGCUGGUGGCUGCUAUGGAAACGCCUCAACCCCCUAGCUGAGAAAGUAAAGGUGUUAAACAUGGCAGAGAUUCAGACUCGGCUGGCCUACGUGUGCUGCGUUAGGCAGCUGGAGUCUGUGAAGAGCAGCGACUACUGCGAGUAUAUCAGACCUCCAAUCGACAGAUACGGAACACUGGAGUUUGGCAAGUUUGAUGAGAUUGCUGAAGUGGGAUACCAGCACGGAAAGACUGUGUUUGACGUGUGGAUUCGCAGUGGAGUGGUGGAGAAAAUGUUGAAAGACCGACACCAGGAGGAGUUCUUCAAAACCCAAAGCAAGAACAAUGUGGUGACGUGUCCCAAUGCUUCCUUUACUGACCUGGCAGAAAUUGUGUCCCGUAUCGAGCCUGUCAAACCGGCUCAGGCUGCUGAGGAGUCAGACUACCACACUGACUAUGAAGAGGAGGCAGUGGAGAGCGCUCUAUCUGACAUGGAGCUAUACAGUCGCUAUGGAGAGCACACUGAAGGGGAGGAGACUGCUGACACGGAUGAAGAGCUGGAAGGGAGAAGUGCGGGCCACAUUACCUCACUCACCAGCAGCCACCCCCAGUCUUCCACCGUCUCGGACAGUCCGUCAAACCAGGAAAUCCUUUCCAAACAGUCCGUUAAGUGAAGACGGGUCUAAUGAACUCUGCCCGAUCAGGUCAUCACAAUUUAACCUUCCUGUCUUUAACCCUCCAGUCUGUCCCACAUUAUGACUCAAAACCUGUCCCCUGCCGCUACGACUGUCAGCGCAUGACCAUUUUGCCCUCUGUAACGUGGCCUCGUUAGCUGUGUGGUUGACAUAACAAAUGGACGGCCCCUUUUAAAAUAACGAAAUACAGGCAGCUAGGAUCACAUUUACUCAGCUGCAAAUCCUAUGCAUUCCUAUUAUACAGCCACAAGUCUAAUUAUUUCUCAUAUUGAGAUAGUCGGGUGUACUCUCUGUAGCUUUACAUGAAUCAGUCCAGUGGAAGAUGGGUUAAGAUCUAGUAUUUCCAUGAAAUAUUUAUUUCAUGAAACUAGGUGAAAACAAUGAUCAAUCUGUAGACGGAUUUGAGUUAGUUAAAGAGUCAGUUCACCUAAAUUCCUAAAUAACACUCCUGUUAUCUAGACAUGCAGAUAGUUUUGAUAUGAUUUUGACACAUAUUUCUGCCACAGACUGUUCAAAGUUUAUGCCAAAAAAAUUCAACGAAGAAAAACACUAAAUGUUUUUUUUGUCUUCUAAACAUUCACACCUUUUCAGACCACUAAAGAUAUGAAAGAAAACAAGGCAGAUUCCUUCAUUGAUGGGGUCACGAAUAUAUAUAUUACUUUGUUUUAAGGUGCCAAAAAUGUCGGGGAAACACAGCUCUGAGUAAUCUGCAUCGGAACUGACUCCUCAGUAGAAAGUAGACCCAGUGCAAAUUGUUGACAGUGAGGUCUGUGGUAGUAUGAGCACCACAAGCAAGGUCCAUUCACCUCACUUGUAUUUAAAGCCACCAAAAUCUCAGAAACUUGGGCAAAUAACACCAAAACUAUCUACAUGGCUAGAUACCCCUAGAGAGGUAAGUAUGACAAAAACGCUUUAUCAACGCUUUUACACCACUUUAUCUGGUACACUUGUACAAUCUGCCAUAACAUCUAUCUUUACAAAGACAUUGUCAGAAAUGUGUAAAUACAUUUUUAUGAUGUGUUUAUUACUGAGGUCAUAGUUCAAGGUGGUGGUGUGCUGGACUGCAUUAAAUUGGAAGGUGUUUCUAAUUGUUUUCCAUCCUACCUAUUGACAAACAUGACUGGGCCAGAAUAUUCAAAACACCCCUAAAAGGUAAUGCAGCCCAGUUAUCGCUACCUAAGACCUCAAUGUUAAAACAGAAUUUUCACCUUUUAUGACAAUGUUAAAGAAAACAACUAAUUAUAGGCUUCGUUAAAGUACACUUUAUUGGCAGAACAGUUGUAUUGGAUUGCACAUUGUACCUAAUAAAGUUGCAUUAAAGUAUUGCAUUAAGUUUUGAACCUAUCAUGUAAUGUUUUAUACACUCGGUCUGUGUUCUGAUUCACAGAAAGAUAGCAAAACAAGCAGUAAUGGCCUCUAUGGCCACGGCUGCCCAGUGUACCAGGAACAGAGGGAAGUAAUGAUAGCAAUCCACUUCAAAGCACUAGUUUCCCUCUCAGCUUGGAAAAGAACUCUGAAGCUCCACUCACCACAAUAUACGGUAGUUCAAUGAAAGGGGCUAAAAGCAGAAGGGACAGUUCUUCACAAGAACAUGUAACUCGUCUAGAAAUGUUUUCAAUUCUUUCUUCUUUUUUUCUUCCAGUGAUUUGGAUCUAAAUGUCUUUUGAAACUGCCAUUAAGAUAAUCAGAUUUCUGUUGGAUUAUUGCAUACUUAGUUUUAUAGUCAAAAGUGAAUACAUAUUCACAUUUAAGCCAAUAAUGUGUACAACCUAAGCCCUGGAUGAUUUUAUGCACAAGUCACAACAGCUGGACAAUCACUCCAGCAACACAAUGCACAAAUACACUAACCAAUCGUUUUAAUGUAUAGCCUUGUGACACUUCAGAGUUAACCUUAACUUAAAUUAUUGAUAAGUGUGAUAUUUAUUCUUUUCAUUUUCGAAUAAUGUGAUCUUUAGUCUCCCAAUUGGCAGAUUCAUAUUUUGGUCUAUAUAAUGUCAAUGUCAACAUUUCUUAGAGCUCAAGGGGACUUCUUUUAAUUGUUUUUGUCUGACCAACCGUCCAAAACCCAAAGAUAUUCAGUAUACUAAAACAAAGCCUCACAUCUGAGAAACUGGAACCAUCAAAUGUUUGGCAUUUUUGCUUGAUGAAUGAAUUACACAAUAAAUUGAGAAUCAAACUCCGUAGUAUUCUGUUGAUUGACUAAUCAGCCCUAAUAGCCUUAUAACCAGAGCCCUAACAACAUUGCAUUAAAACAUUUUUGUUUUAAUGUUUUUAUGACCAAAAUCUAUACUAAGUGGGGACAUUUUUGUUAAUAAACCUCUCUGUGUUCCCUGGCAGACAAACUAUGUAAAAGUGAUUAUACUUUGAUUGUACGACACAUGAUAAAAUACAAAUAUACCUGCAAUAAGAUCAUAUCAACCGGCCAAUUUAUCCGUCAGGCUCUAAUCAUUAGAUUAUCAUUGCAACUUUUUAUGAUUUUAUUGUCUUCCCACUUGAUAUAGCACCCUGCGAGCCUCACCAUAUGAAGCUGUGAUCUCAGCUAAUACUGGUACUACAGUGCCUGCUGCCAUACAUGUGUAAACAGUAGGAGAAACCCUGUGAGGAUAAACACUAUGGGGUUGCCAUAUGGUUUGGUUAAAUGAAGUCUGGACACAGAAUGUGUGAGUAAGGUGGAGAGGGAAACGUUUACUAAUGUAUUAAUGGGCUUUGCACUGGUGUUUUCUUUUGUACUUUUGGGCGUUUUCCAAAAACCGAACACAAUGCAUUUAUGUCUGGCAGAAUGAAUGUUUCGCUACUUUAUUAAAUUGGACAUGGUAUUGUGUGGAUGAAGUGCUUAUGUAAUGUGUGAAAUGUGCCAUGAAGUUAAUGUUACAAAGCCUUAGAUGACCCAUCCAGAAAAAACAUUGGUGUACAAUGAUGAAUGUUUGCCUGUUAGCCUGUACUGUAGGCCAUCAGUUAUUUGUCAAUAUUUAUGUUACUUGAAAAAUAUAGUUUUUGAUAAUUGUUACUAAUAAACCACUGUUUGCUGUAGUA